UUCAUUAAGGGGAGAGAGAGAGCAGAGAUAUAAAACCCCACACAUAGGAUCAGGACCUGACACACACAUAAACUGUCACAUAUCUGAUUAACUAUAGAUUCCUAAACACUUGUCUAUCUUGGUUGUAUGUUGAUAACAAGCAAACAACAGUUUGAAUCAGUGGUCACUCCUGUACAGAUGGGAAAGUGAGAGUAAAAAGAAAAAAAAACCUAUUUCCAAGACUUCCUGAGAGAACUUUCAGCAGUGGACUAUGACUACUGCAUCUCAAGACCUGGAUGAGCAGUGCUACCUCACAGCUCAGUCUAUGACAUCAUUGGUGACAUCAGAGCACUUCAAAGUCAUCAAGAAGCUGGGUGAGGGAUCAUACGGCAAGGUGAUGCUGGCUGUGCAUAAAAUGAGAGGAACCCCAAUGGCUCUGAAGUUCUUCCCUCGUUGUUCCACCACUCUCCACGCUUUCUUGCGUGAAUACAAUCUCUCCCUCUCUUUUUGCACACACCCCUCUCUGACACGUGCUGUGGGUAUCUUCUUCUCCACGCCUGUUCACUAUGUCUUCGCCCAGGAGGCUGGUCUCUAUGGCGACCUCUAUGAUGUCAUAGUGUCCGAGGAGGGGGUGAGCGAGGAAUGUGCCCAGCGUGUGAUGUCCCAGUUGAGUGGUGCUGUGUCACACCUCCAUUCUCUGGGCUUUGUCCACCGUGAUAUCAAACCAGAAAAUGUGUUCUUAUGUGACCAUGUUUGUCGUUGGGUCAAACUGGGCGACUUUGGUUUGGCAAGGGCGCAGGGGACUCAGGUCCGUGCUGUGUGGUACAACUCCCCUUUCUGUGUGCCUGAGGUGGAAGGUGCCAAGAGAAUGAAUGAGGUAGAAGAUAUCUGGAUUUCUGUGGAGCCCAGUUUGGACACUUGGGCCUUGGGGAUCCUUAUAUACUGCCUUCUGACUACCUGCUUCCCCUGGGAAGAGAGCACUUCUGAUGACCCCUCUUACUGCAAGUACAGAGACUGGUUUAAUCAAACCAAAGAAACAGAGGAAAGGACCAGGAGACAGAAUGGGCUAAGGGAGGGAGACAAUUUUAAGCAAUCAGAGGACUUUAUAACUCUGGGGGAGAGAGGUAACAGUGAGGAGGCUGACUUAGAGGUGCCCCCUAAUUUUGACUCUUUAAGCUCACUAGUCCUAACCCUGCUGAGGCAGCUGCUGCACCCGCUUCCCUGGCUCCGUCCUGGGCCUGAUGAGAUUUUGUCUUACCUUGGGGGACCUUGGUUACUGAAAACAGAGAAAGAAGAGAUGUGGAGAGAGCGGGAAGCGCAAGAGGAGGCCAAGAUUUUGCGAGAGAGAGGAGCGGUGGAAGGAGAAAAAGAGAGAUUGGGAAGGAGGGAAAGAUAAAAUUCAAACAGAAACUUUUACACAGUAUAUAGAGUUUUUAUAUAGUGUUUAUUUUUUGGAAUACAAAAAAUAGAGCAGUUGUAUUAUGCAAUGAGAAAUGAAGAAAAUAAAUGGAUGUGUAAACUAUGUACUGUACAGUGUAAAAAGAGAAAGCAUGUGAUUUUGUUACAUUAAGAAGCUCUUUCUAACUGAUUGAAUCCUUCAAAUAAGUUGUGUUAGUGUAACCUAAUGUAUUCAGGUUAAUUAAUAAUGUUAAUAUUUUUUACUUGAAUAAAACCAGUUAAUUCAGUUAUUACCUCACAAUGGUCUGCUGUGGUGACCCCUAAUGGGAGCAGCCGAAAGAAGACUAAUUUAGAUAUAACCUCAUGAAGCACAUUUUUAGGUUAACUUUUUUAAAAAAAUUUUAUGUACAAUCAGAUCUAGACUUGUCAGACACUUACAGAGGCCCCAAAAAGUAUUUAAAGAUAUAAGCCACACUUAAGAGUGAAAAAAGUAAGAAUGUCAUUGCAUUUACUGAUUUACUGAUAUUUGUGAUUCAUACAUUUGUCAUACAAGUGUUUUGUACAUGUGUGUCCAAAUACCUUUUGGGACAACUGUAAUUUAAUAUUUCUCAUAUUCUGCUGGUAAUACUGAAGCUAGCAAUACACUAUAGAUUUUUUCUCAGGUGCAAUGCCAUUUUCUCAAAACAUGCAGAGAUUCAAAUAAUAAGAUGAGGUGUAGAAAUGUAUGCUCAUAAGAUGUAGUAUAUGGAAUAUACAUACUGUGUCGCUACCUCAAAGAAACUGUUAUUAUGUACAUAGAAAUGCACUUGUUUUUAAAAUGUGUAAUAAACUUGUUUUUGUUUU